CGGGUGGGGGGGGGGAAGCGCCUCUCUGUCAGAUGAGAGAAGCCGGUUCCGAGGCGCGCCAUGUCCCUCUGCCGGACCCGAGCGGACCAUGACGCUAUGGCAUAGCCUGACCACUUGUUUGAUCGUGCUGGGAGCCGUGCGCGCCCGCCCGGGCCCCCCGGGGGUGCUCGUCUCAGGAGAGGAGAGGCCCCUGCGCAGCCCUCCGCUCCGGAUCCGCCUGUCAGUCACCUCGCAGGAGGACGCGGACGACCCGGGAGACGCAUACACGCAAUCAUCUGUUUUGCCUUUAGACAUCAUGGAGGAGCGCAUCCUGGCCGACUUCGACCAGGUGCUGGAUUUGAUCAAGGCGACCGUCAGCAGAAUACCAGGUUCGCCCGGCGAGUCCGAGCAGAACCGCAGCAACAAGUCUCGCUCCAGGCGCGAGAGGACGACCGGGUCGAGCCAGAGGAGGGGCCCGGGCGCGAGGGGACGGAAGGCGGGCGGCGGGCGAGCUUCGGGCUGCGCGCUCCGGCAGGUCCGGCUCAACGUGACCGACCUGGGUCUGGGCUACCUCUCGGGUGAGGAGAUGAUCUUCAGGUACUGCGCGGGACCCUGCAGGAAGUCGGAGACCAACUACGAUAAGAUCCUCCGCCACCUGGCCCGACGCAGUAGGCUGCCCGCCAAGGAUGCGCCGCCGCAGCCGUGUUGCCGCCCGGUGGCGUUCGACGACAACUUGUCCUUUCUGGACGAUAACCUGAUCUACCACACGCUCAGGAAGCACUCGGCCAGGAAGUGUGCUUGCGUGUGAGCAACUGAACUCGGACACUAAGGAGGUUUCGACACUCUGUGUGUGUGUGUGUGUGUGUCUACAGUAUAACAUGUAUGUCACUGUCCAAUGAAAAACAAGUAUCUCCAAAUUUCGUGUGUAGUUUCUUGUUAAUCUAGGAAAACUGAGGCAUUUUUGAAGGAUGGAACCCAUGCACAGUAUUUCCAAAUUCUAUGGAGGCUGGGAGGUGGUUGGGGUUCAAGCUGAAGAAAAGAUACGAUUUUUUUAUUUUUAUUUUUAUGAUUGAUGACGUCAUGUGUAUUUGAAAGACAGAUAAACGAAGAAUAUGUUUUUGAUUGAACAGCAUGUCCAUUUUGUUUGAUCAGGAAAUAAUCCUUUUCUUUUUUUUUUUUGUUUCCUAAAAAUACAUGCGUUUCCAUAUAUUAUGUUUUUAUCUGAUACAAAAUGUUUCAAAAUGUCAUACUUUUUCUUUUUUGUUUGAUUUCAAAAUUCAGUGAUUUUGUUUUUUGGUUUGAUGAAAAUCAUGCAUUUCCAAAUGUCUUUAUUUUUGUGUUUUUAUCCAUCCUACAUUUAGCCCCAGAGAAAAAAAGUUUUUAUUUUUGUCUUUCAGAAAGAUGAAGUUUGGAGAUAUACAUUUUUUUUUGUUUACUGGACAGCAAGCAUACAGUAUGUAUUUAUGAAAUAAUGGCUGUAUUAACUUAUUUAUAUUUAUUUUUGUUUUUAUAAAAUGAAAACAUGUUAUCUAUUAUUGUCUUUGUGCUAAAGGUAAGCAUCCAGAUGAAAAAGGUUUCAGUUCUCUGCAAUGAAAGGCAGGCAAAAAACAAAAUAACACAAAACAUCUCAGAUUUGUUUGACUUUUGGGAGAAAAGCAAUGUGAUCCCUCUGUUCUUGAUUCAAUGCUUCACAACUAAGUUACUAGAAAAAACUAAAUCCCGUUCUCAACUGGGCUUUAUUAGCGUUCGUCUCUGGAAUAAACGCAUCUUGUUUUCCAUCAACAACGAGUUCACAAUAAACACUCCCACCUGUUGGGAACCCUUUGAUGAGGCCAAGCUGCCGCUUCUUCUGCUUCUACCCCGAACUUCAAUAAAACAAAAAGCUGUUGCCAGCUUUUUCAAAAAAUCAAUCAAUAAAUAAUGGUUGCAAUGGCAGGUGUCCACCAUUUGUUUAUGACACUGUAUGUUAAGAAUGUCUGAAGACAUGAAACCAAAAUAUUACAUUUUUGGCCCAUGUUGAGAUCUCGGGUACGGUAACAAACACGCAAAAUUUGAACGCGAUCGGAAUUCAACUGUGACCUCUGUUCUGCCCGCAAAAAAAUGUCGGCUUUGACGAUGAUGAAUCCGGUGGGCGGCUAACCUGCUCCAAAGAUGGAAUUAAAAGAGACGACAGCGAGACAGUGACCGACUGGUUAGCACAUGCGCCUCACAGUUCUGAGGAUCGGGGUUCAAUCCCCGGCCCCGCCUGUGUGGAGUUUGCAUGUUCUCCCUGUGCCUGCGCGGGUUUUCUCCAGGUACUCCGGUUUCCUCCAACAUCCCAAAAACAUGCGUGCUAGGUUGAUUAAAGACUCUAAAUUGGCCGUAGGUGUGAAUGUGAGCGCGAUUGGUUGUUUGUAUAUAGGUGCCCUGCGAUUGGCUGGCGACCGGUUCAGGGUGUACCCCGCCUCUGGCCCGAAGGCAGCUGGGAUAGGCUCCAGCACGCCCGCGACCCGUAUGAGGAGAAGCGGCUCAGAAAAUAGAUGGAUGGACAGCGAGACGAGGCAAGACGGGGAUUAUUGGCAAAAGUAAUGAGUGCGGUUGAUAUUUGAUCCGUGAUUAGAUCAGCUCAGCCACCUGAGCUCCGUCUUCUUGGAGCUAGUUUUGAAAUCCGAUCAACCAUUAAGCUCAUCGCAUCACAAAAAACAUUUUGCAUUUUGGUUUUUAUGAGAAGUUGUGUUUGGGACAGUCUGGCUAAGCAAAGCUGUUCACAGCUGGUGACUUGCGCCUCAAAUGGAAAUAAAUAAA